UGUUCUGGGCAGACGCUCGUUUUGUGAGAGGGAGGGGAAACAGCCCGUCUGUCACUGGGAAAUCCUGAUCGCUACCGUCGGUCUUAGUUAGCGGGGAGUGAGCUGUGAUAGAGGCGCGCAGAUCUUCAGAAAGGAUUAAACUCAACUGAAUGAAGCGCACAUGAAGUUCUUCGGCAGCGACUGAGAUUCACCACAGCCAAAGCCCAUGUGGACCAUGCUCUCGCGAUGACCGCUACAAUGGUUCAGUCUGUAAUGCUGGCAGGCCUUGUAUAUGUGUUCCUGGUCUCCUAUGCAGGUGCUCAGAGUUUGAAGCUCGAGGAUGGAGCCUCUCUGCGUUCAGGUGCCGUGGACCUCCCGUGGCAAGAUGAGCUGUGCUGUGAGUCACCUUCAGCCCACCUUGGUGUGGAGGGAGGCAGCGCAAAUUCACCCGAAGCAAACCUCUCCCAAUCAAAUCUCCCACACAGUCCCGGCUGCACCUUUAAGAGCUCGAGAAUUGAUUCACAUCAUCCCCGAUCCUCUGGUGGCACCUGUUUGGACAUCCUCUGCAGAAUUGAUGGAAACUGGCGAAAUUUAAUCUGUGAUCUUCGGUCUCGUGGUCAGCUGUCCGACAGUCUUAUGGCAGUCAGCUUGCGGCGGCAGUUAUUUCAGCAAGAUGGUGACUAUCCCGCAUCUGAAAAUCCUGUUGUUUGUGAGGCGCAGGAUUCCUUCAUGUGCUCACUCACUCUUGACCCAACAACAAGCUUUGUCGCCAUGGUAACUGCCAGCAUCUCUGAUGCCGUGGCUCCACCUGUUCUGCUUAGAGUUCCUGCCCGACCUGAGAAACCUAGUCCUCCAGGCAACCUGUCACACACUCAGACCAUCGAGGCAGAGCUGAUCGUGCUCUGGGAUGACCCGCCCGACUUUAACGCCGGUCCACUGAGAUAUGAAGUCCGAUACUCCUCUGGCACCACUCACGCCUGGCAGGUGGUGUCUGCGCCUGGAGAGCCCAGAGUGUCUUUGGAUCUGAAGCCCAAACUAAACUACAGCGUUCAGGUCCGCUGCUCCGGCCCGGAAGAGCCUCCACUGUGGAGUGAAUGGAGUGAACCUCACCACAUCUUCCUGGAUACGGUGAGCUACAUCCCCAAGAAAGUGGUGGCUAGACCCGGGGAGAAUGUAACAGUAUACUGUGUAUUCAACGACCACAGAAUGAAUGCCAGCAUGGCCAUGUGGAUGCUCAACUUCCACCAGUGGCUUCCACCCACCCUGUACCACCCAGUCAACCAGUGGGUCAGCAAGAUCACAGUGCGUCCUUCAGAGAAUCAAAUGUAUGACCUCCUGAGGUGUACCGAAGAGUGGAGCAUCCCUUACAGCCAGAUCUAUGUGGAAGGAGCUGACAUUGAUAUAAAGUGUGUAACCAAUGGGGACAUUGACGCCAUGGACUGCAGUUGGACUCACAAACAGCCGGAUAAGCUCAGAUUUCAAUCCAAGUGGGCUGACCUGCCGUGUGACGAGAUGGAGGAGAGGGAGAGAGCGGGUGAGAAUCUGGGGGAGAUGGGUCCUGCCUGCAUGGAGGGCAGGUGGAAAAAGUGCACCAUCCACCCUCUGAGGAUGAACUGCUAUAAACUCUGGCUGGAGUUGCCAUCGCAACUGGGUCCCAUCAGGUCCAAACCGGUCUACCUGUCACCUGUAGAUCACGUGAAGCCUCACGCACCCGCUAAUGUGAAGGCAGUGAGCCACAGCAGUGGGGUCCUGGAGGUGACUUGGCAGGCUCCGCCUUUGCCAGCCGAUGGUCUCCAGUGUCAGUUUCAGUACUACUCGCCAUCCACCGUGAGCCCCCAGCCAAAGUGGAAGCUUCAGGAUCCUGUGCGGGUUCCGUGGGCAGAGGUCGCCGUGCCAGAUAUGUGCCGCGUAUACGUGGUUCAAGUGCGCUGCAAGCACACCAAUGGCACCGGCUACUGGAGCGACUGGAGCGAGUCUGUCUACUCCGCUCCGCAAAACAGCAGAGCUCCUGAACGUGGCCCUGAUUUCUGGAGAAUCCGUCAAGAUGAUCCACACGGAAACCAGUCUAACAUCACGCUGCUGUUUGAGAAUUUCCCACCUUCUGGGAAUUCCUAUUGCGUGGAUGGAUUUAUAGUCCAGUGUCGAUCCUCAAGCGGAUCUGUGCUGAGGGAGAAGAUCGAGCUGAUGUCCUCCUACAGCUUCGAGUGGAACCAGGAGCUCCAGACUGUGACUGUGGAAACCUACAAUAGUUUGGGGACCUCCACAGACAACAUAAACAUGACACUGGAGAGACAGCCUAAAGGCCGCUGCGUGCGUUCAUUCCACGUGUUGCUUAUCAACAGCACAUGUGUGUCACUGUCAUGGAGUCUGCUGGAGAACAGCUCGGUGCCUCUGUUCAUGGUGGUCGAGUGGUUGCCACACAAGCAGCAGGACUCUGGGCCAAGAGCAGAGACGUGGGCCAGACUGCGCUACACCGAAUACCCCGUCUAUCUGAGAGGUGAUUUUUUUGCCUCAGAGGAGUACGGCUUUUUCUUGUACCCUGUGUUUGCUGAGGGAGAAGGGGAGCCGAUUUACACUUUAGCCACCAGAGGAGAUCCUGAGGCCUACAUGAUGCUGAUGAUCAUCUCCUUUCUUUUCAUCAUCCUGUUUGUCACCCUGGUUCUCUCCCAAAACCAGAUGAAAAAGUUUGUAUGGAAGGAUGUUCCCAACCCAAGGAAGUGUUCCUGGGCUAAAGGAAUAGACUUCAAAAAGGUGGACACCUUUGACUAUCUGUUCCGACCUCAGGAAGGUCUGCCGGUCUGGCCGCUGCUCAUGCCCUCUGAGAACAUCUCCCAGGUCAUUAUAGUGGAUAAAGUCCUCACUACGGCCCUGAUCCAAAACCCACUUCCAGACCCUGCAGAUGCCUUAGCUGACUCCCAUUCUCCUGAGUUUGACCUGAAUGUCGAUCAGUUCAUGGAGAAUGAGACUCUCCCUAUUGGGGGUCCUUCUUCAGCUGUUGAUCUGGAUACCUUAACUAGAGCAGAUGAUCUGCAGCCAGCUGAUCCCUCAGUGGACCAACAUCCAGGUAGCACCGACAACUCUGGGCAGUCUUCAGUCACGUACACCGCUGUUCUGGUCUCCAAUCCCAGUCAGGACCAGCAGCCCCCCAUUCAUCUGCCCUACAAGGAUGGUAGUGGUAACAGCUCAAGCGAUGAGGGAAAUUUCUCUGCCAACAACUCUGACAUUUCGGGAUCUUUUCCUGGUGGCCUCUGGGAGCUGGAAAGCUGUCGUGGUUUGGAGAUGGAUGACCCGAGGCGCUCCUGCUCGUACAACUCUGUGGAGGAGCUUUCUCAAACAUCAGAUCAAGAAGACGAGCAUGACGUGAGACGGGAGAAGGACUUGUAUUAUCUAGGAAUGGACUACCCAGCAGAGGAUGAGGAGAGUGAGAAAGAGGAUGGGCAGAGUGAAGAUGAAGAAGCCAAAGUGGAGCUGCUUAAAAGUACCCCUUUGAACAGAGGGCACCGUUCCGUGGAGUUGCAUCCUUUGCUCGGUCAAGAUAACCCGAGCGAGCCCGGGAUCCUGCCGUCACCGUCGACGUGUGGCUUCGCCAUGCCAUACCUGCCUCAGUUCAGAACUGCUACGUGCACACCGCAACACACACAACUUGAACCCAGCUGUGAUUAACGUGUGCACCAUUAAAUCCAUCAUGUCACGCAUCAGCAUUUGCCAAAGCUGAUUUGCAUCUGUUCCUUUGGGCAUAGCGAGGUGUGAGGCCGGAAAAAGUUAAAAAAAAAAAAAGAAUUACCUCAAGUUAUGUAUGAUUGCAAGUCGAUGUUCAUCAAUGCUGCUAUUGUGUGCUGUUGGAAAAGACAUCAGGAGGGCACAAGCCUCAGGAGAAGGCAUUUCUUUCUUUCUUUGUUGGGCAUUAAAACCCAGAUUUUACUGUGCCAUACUGCAACUGUGCCGUAUCUGUGGCUGAUGUAAAAAAAAACAAAAAACAAACGAGCUACAGGCAAGGCUGCACAAACAGCAUACCGGUCUUUGAAAAAAAAAGGGAAAAAAAGAGGUCUUACAAUAGGCGUACAACCGAGUACGCACAGGUGGUCAUAAUGCUCAGAAUCAAAGGAUGCUCUUUGUGCCUACGUUUGCGCUCGCCAUAUUACAGAAAACCGGUCUUUUCAUUUUCACUACUGAUUCCUUUUUGCUACAUUCAACGAAAAGAUUAAAGAGGUUCACAGAGAAUGAAAAAAAAAAAAACAAGGAAGCGAGAGAGAAAAAAGGCUCAUCAUCUGCAUAUUUUCAGCUUUCUUGGCACACAUUUGAGUGUAAAGUAAAAGCAAUGCUUGGAUGUUGCUUCAAAGCUAUUGGUGUGACUAAAUGAGAACAGCUGAUGACAGCUGAAGGUGAUGAAUUACUGCAGGCAAUGCUUUUGGACACUUUCAUUUACUGCAGUGCAGCUUUUGAAUCAACAUCUGCAUGGACUAUCUCAGCCAUCAAACCAUCAAGCCUCUUUGCACUUUGUGCUUUAAUGUGUUUGAGAGUUUGUUCCAGUAUGUGAGAAACGUGUCGUCUAUUUUCAUGCUAUAGUUUUGCUUGGCAACUUAACUGGACAGCUUCUUUAUUCUGUAAGAAAAUGAAAAAGAUUAAAGAAGGAGAAUCCAGAGGAUGUUUAAAUUGAAAAGUAAUGAAAAUAUAAAAAUAUGAUU